GCGGAGCUAUAUAAGCGCCACGCAGCCGGUCCUCCUUUCUCUUUGAGGAAGGCGCGGUCGUGGUUCGAUCGUCGUUCGUUUUCGCCCGCUCCUGCUCCUGACUCACCGCUGUUCGCUCUCGCGGAGGAACAAGUCGGUCAGGAAGCCGCGCCGCAACCAUGGCUUUUAAAGAUACCGGCAAGACACCCGUGGAACCAGAGGUGGCGAUUCACCGAAUUAGAAUUACUCUAACCAGCCGCAACGUAAAAUCCUUGGAGAAGGUGUGUGCUGACUUGAUCAGAGGCGCAAAGGAAAAAAAUCUCAAAGUAAAAGGACCAGUUCGGAUGCCCACCAAGACUCUGAGAAUCACUACAAGAAAAACUCCUUGUGGUGAAGGUUCUAAGACUUGGGAUCGCUUUCAGAUGAGGAUCCACAAGCGACUGAUUGACUUGCACAGUCCUUCUGAGAUUGUUAAGCAGAUUACUUCCAUCAGUAUUGAGCCAGGAGUCGAGGUUGAAGUCACCAUUGCAGAUGCUUAAGUCAAUCUUUUUAAUAAAUUGACUUUAUCAGUUGUUAAA